AUGCUGCGUUAUGCAGCUCGUCGGCGUCGUUAUCUUCAGCUGCUGCUCGUGCGUUUGAAGCAUCACCUUCACAACGAAAAUGUUUGGCGAUGCAGCGGUUUGUGUGAGAACCGGAUGUUUCCCAUCAUCUUCAUAUGUGAUGAUCCAUUCACACUCUCGUACGAAGCUCGCGACACUUGUCAGCUCCGAAGGCUCAUGUCCUUCCAUCGUGUGAUCUACUACUUGGUAGCGCCUAAUCCAUAUCUUUGCUUGUUCCCGUCUCCUAAAGUGGUUGUUCCCAGUUUCGAGUUGACACGAAGAGUGGGGACAUUUUUGUCACAAGGUAUUUAUCAGUUGUGGUAUGAAAAGGCGUAUAAUUUGGAAAGAUUCAUUCUAGCUGCUAACGAGGGCACCUCAGUCAUUGGAGAAUGUAUUGCUAACGAGGAAUGGAGUCGUAUGAGUGUGGUGGCAUCGGCGAUUCUUGUUGAACAAGCAAAACUAGCUAGACGCAGGUUGGUCAUUUAUGAUGUCUUCUGUUUGUACUAG